ACAGGGCUUGGGUGUUUCCCGCAGCGCGUGAGCGCGUGAAACAGGUGUUGUAGGCGAUUCCGAUCCAAACCCGCGUCUCUCUCCCUCUUCCUCUCGUGGAAGAAGAAGAAAAGAAAGGAGAAGAAAAGAAAAGGAGGAAACGAAGGGAUAGAGAGAUGCCGGGGACUCAAGAUCGACGGUCCCGGUCGUCCAAACCCCUCACAGUCCACGGCCAUGCCCAGUCCGGAGAUCUCAUCGGCCUGCAGAAGAAACUCGAAGAGAACCCAUCUCUUCUCAAUGCUAGAAACGAUGUCAUGGCACAAACACCUCUCCAUGUAGCAGCUGGUUACAAUAAUGUUGAGAUAGUUAAGUUUUUGCUUGAUUGGCGAGGUCCUGAGAAGAUUGAGUUGGAGGCCAAAAACAUGUAUGGAGAAACACCAUUACACAUGGCAGCAAAAAAUGGUUGCAAUGAAGCAGCAAGAUUGCUUCUUGAUCGUGGUGCUUCUUUGACAGCCAAAGCCAAUAAUGGUAUGACCCCACUGCAUUUAGCUGUCUGGUCCUCUCCCCGGAUUGAAGACUGCUUAACUGUGAAAACGUUGCUCGAGUACAAUGCUGAUUGCAAUGUAACAGAUAAUGAAGGGAUGACUCCUUUAAAUCAUCUUCUACAAGGCCCAGGCAAUGAGAAGGUGCAUGAACUCCUUCAGCGCCAUCUCGAGGAACAGAGGAAGCGGAAAGCUGUUGAAGCGUUUGGCGAGACAAAAGCUAAGAUGGCAGAACUUGAAGAAGCAAUGACACACAUCGUAGGUUUGCAUGAGCUCAAGCUGCAACUGAAGAAGUGGGCUAGGGGGAUGCUUUUGGAUGAGAAGCGCAGGGCCUUGGGGCUUAGAGUUGCUGCUAGGAAACCCCCUCAUAUGGCCUUUCUUGGCAAUCCCGGGACAGGAAAGACAAUGGUAGCUCGUAUCCUUGGGAGGCUUCUUCAUAUGGUGGGAAUUUUACCUACUGAUAAGGUAACCGAAGUUCAGAGGACUGAUUUGGUUGGAGAAUUUGUUGGACAUACUGGACCAAAGACCAGGAGAAAGAUAAAAGAGGCAGAAGGUGGGAUUCUUUUCGUUGAUGAGGCCUACAGAUUGAUACCAAUGCAGAAAGCAGAUGAUAAAGAUUAUGGCUUAGAGGCCUUAGAGGAGAUCAUGUCUUUCAUGGACAGCGGAAAAGUCGUCGUCAUAUUCGCCGGCUACAGCGAGCCAAUGAAGCGUGUAAUCUCAUCAAACGAAGGUUUCUGCAGGCGGGUCACAAAAUUCUUCUACUUUGGCGACUUCAGUACUAAAGAACUAGCCGAAAUCACCCAUCUCAAAAUGAGCAGUCAAGUGGAGGAUAGUAUGCUUUACGGGUUUAAGCUGCACUGGGCCUGUAGCAUGGGGGCUGUUGCAGAUCUGAUUGAGAGAGAGACUACGGAGAAGCAGCGUAAAGAGAUGAAUGGUGGCUUGAUCGAUCCGAUGCUUGUGAAUGCUAGGGAGAACCUGGAUCUCAGGCUGGACCUCGAGUGCAUGGACAUAGAUGAUCUGCUCACAAUCACCUUGGAAGAUUUGGAGGCGGGCCUUAGAUCACUUCCGCAAUGAGGCAGAGCUGUUCUCUGCUUGCUGUUUCGUGUUGUCAUCUUUUCAAGUUUUUUGGGGGCAUUUUUUUAAAAUUCAUUGUAGGUCUCAAUAUCAAUCAGUUAAAGCUCUCCAGGAGCAUGCAUCCCUUCGAUUAUCCAUGAGGGGCUGCUCUUUGUUUGCUCUUGAUGUUUCUUCCCUUUUUGUAAUUUUUGGUUCGCUGCUGUCUCAUUGUAUUUGUAACCCAUUCAUUUGAAAGCUCUGAAGCAGGCAAUUGGAUUGAUUAUCAAGUCGAAUUUUGUUGUGGUUAA